GCAGCGUAUUUUAUUGCAAAAUGUAUAGAAAAAGUCCAGCGCGCAUUAAUCUCACUCGGCCUUUCUCGCACGUUGGCCCAUGCCAAGAUGACUUCGAAAAGAAGGAACAAUGGACGCAGCAAGAAGGGCCGUGGUCACGUGAAGUUCAUCAGGUGCACUAACUGUGCCCGAUGUGUGCCCAAGGACAAAGCCAUUAAGAAGUUUGUGAUCAGGAACAUCGUUGAGGCUGCUGCUGUCAGGGAUAUCUCUGAUGCCAGCGUUUAUGAAGUGUAUGCCCUUCCUAAGCUGUAUGCCAAGCUCUUGUACUGCGUGUCCUGCGCUAUCCACUCCAAGGUGGUGAGGAACAGGUCCCGUGAGGCCAGGAAGGACCGCAGCCCCCCACUCCGCUUCAGACCCAUGAGGGAAGGAGCUGGCCCUAGAGUUGGAACUGGUGCCCGGUCAUAAGGCUGUUAC